GAAAGCGAAAGCAGCGCCUCCUCCGCCUUGCAAAGCUGCGCCUCGGUCGCGUUUCCUGCGCCGCCUGGCCUCGCCAUGGCUUCGGAGGCGGAGGCUUUUUCAUGCGUCCUCAAUGAGAACGUUUCAGCAAGUGAGUCUUGGGUGAUGAUGCCAGAACAGAUCUCAUGGGAAAUUCAGAAAUGCCAGGAGGUGUGCACAGCUUUGGAGGCUGAUCGGUUGUCUCUGGAGGAAGGCAGGCAGGAAAGCGAACGGGAGGCAUCCAUGCAGCAGGCGGAGGCUGCACUGCUUCGUGGACGGCUCCAGCAACUGGAAGAGGAGACCUGGCCUGGGGCAUUCCAGGAACAGCCAGAAUUGGGAAGUAAAGAGAGGAACCAGCUGCUUCAACAGAAAACUGCCCUGGAGAGUGAAUUGCAGCAGCUGGAGAUGCUGCAGAUUCACCAGACACCACCUGCGCCUUCUAAGAAGCUUCUGGUGUUUAAAGGUCACGCUGAAGAGAAAAUAGAGGAAUCCCUGCUUGACCUGCUGCCCGUCAAGCCCCGGAUCCACUACCCUUUGCCUGGCGGGACGGCCCUGGUCACUUUUGAAAGGCCUGAGGUGGCCCAGAAGAUCAUCGCUCUGCGAGAGCACCGGAUUCAGCUGGAUGAGUGCACCUAUGUGAGGGUGAAGGCAGAGCCGGUCGACCUGCUGGUGCCCGUUUCUGUGGAGGUUGUCUUGGAGCGGAGUCCCCGGCAAGUCCUACUGUCUGGGUUGCAGUUCCCAUCCCUCUCCAAGGAGCAGCUGCUGGACAAGCUGGAGCUGUUUUUCAGCAAGCGGCAGCAUCAGGGUGGCGAGGUGGAGGUCAUCCAGCAGCUGAGCAGCCCUGGCCACGUCGUCCUGACCUUUGUGGAGGAUAAAGUGGCUGAACGGCUUAUCCAGAGAGGCCAGUUCCAGGUGACCCUCGGGAAGGAGACGAGCCAAGUUAAGGUGUUGCCCUAUCUGGACGGGAAAAUAUCAGACCUGAUGCUCCGUCCUUUGCUCUGUCCUCGGACUGUCCUGCUGUCGGGGAUCCCAGAAGUCUUGGAUGAGGAGUUGAUGCGUGAUGCCCUGGAGAUCCACUUCCAGAAGCCUAGCAAGGGAGGGGGAGAAGUGGAAGCCGUUGUCUACGUCCCACCUGGCCAGCAUGCUCUCGCUGUCUUUGAAAAAGAGGAGGGCGGAGGGGUCAGCGCUGCUGAAGAGCUGUCUUGAUCCCUGCCCAGCUGAUGGAUCAGAUACACCUGAGAAGAAGGAUUGUCCUUGCUCUGAGCUGUGGAAAAUGUGGAGAGGUUUUAUUAAUCUGAAUCGUGUGUCAGGGGGCACAGAAGUAGAUAUUGAUGAGCAAAUCUCGCCUGUGUAGGGAAAUGGAACAGUUUUUCUUUUGCCCCAGAGUAACCCACCCAGGUGGGUGUGAGCAGCAGAGGGGCAUUCUGGGAUAACUCUUCCCUGUCUUUUUGCUCUGCUGUGCUCCCCUCCCCCACUACCGUGCAAGUGUUUUCCGUGUCGGUAAUCCCUAAUAUUGGUUUGUUUAUACAUUAAAUAAAUCUCAGGAGUUCAGUAAAGAGA